AUGGAGGAUGGCGGCUCAGGGAUAUUCGUGAGUCCCACGGGUCUGUUGGAGAGGACAGGCUCCGUCGGCUUGUCCCUCAUCAUCUGGGCUGCAUGCGGUCUCCUCUCCAUGUUGGGUGCCAUGGCUUAUGCAGAGUUGGGAACUCUGAUUCCGUACUCUGGUGCCGAGUAUACCUACUAUUUAGCUGCUUUCGGAGGCUUCCCUGCUUUCAUCUACUGUUGGGUCUCCGUUUUCAUUCUCAAACCUUCUAUGCUGGCUAUCAUAUGUCUCAGCUUCGCGGAAUACGUUAUCAAUGGCUUCGUUCCCCUUUGCAACUCGGAAGACACCAUGGUGAAAAUAGUAGGAGCUUUCGCCAUCGGGGCUCUGUCCUACGCUGAGUUGGGGAUCGUAAUCCCUUACUCUGGAGGAGAAAUUGCAUAUUAUGUUCAUUCAUUCGGGCCUCUUCAUCACUUUUUUGGCCCCCUGCUCGGCUUCCUCUUCGGAUGGACUUCCGUUCUUCUCUUGAAACCUAGUUCAUUGGCUAUUCUUACACUUACUUUUGCAAAAUAUGUCGUUCUCCCAUUCUGGGAACUCCGCAAAGAGGAUGGAUCAUGCGACGGGAACUCAGAAGAAUUAUCUGAAAAACUUGUGGCUGCAUUGUGUAUCGGUGUGAUAACUUUCGUGAAUUGCUUCGAUGUGAAGUUGGCAACCCGGGUGCAGAAUGUGUUCACGACGGCAAAACUGUUGGCCGUGGUCAUCAUCGUCAUCACUGGCAUCGUCAAGUUCGCUCAAGGGGAAUCGAAACUGAAUCUGGGAUUCAAUGGUACGACCAAAGAAUAUGGGAAGAUAGCCACUGCCUUCUACAGCGGUCUUUGGGCCUAUGACGGCUGGUAUGAACCUUCCAACUAUACGUAUAAAUUUAGGAUGCAGCAGAGCAUAUCCAAUACGAUCAAUGUCACGGAUAUGCGUUGUGUCAUGCAAAUCGUCUUGUUUUCCAGGAACAAUCUCAACUACGUGACCGAAGAACUCAAGAACCCAUAUGUGAAUUUGCCACGUGCCAUAAUGAUCGCAAUUCCUCUGGUUACUGUCUGCUACCUCCUGGUCAACAUUUCAUAUCUCAUUGUUCUGGAUCAGGCUACACUUCUGGCUUCAGAUGCUGUUGCUGUAGUACAUACCACCGAUUUGAAAUGCGAGUGCGAAAAGGAAUUUGGAUUUGAGGUCCGGACGAUCCGCCCGGACUAA